UAGAGCGUCCCGCGGCCGCGGCAGGUACCGCAGGUGCCCGGCCAGGUGCCCGGCCCAGGUGCCCCGCCGCCGCCAUGGAGUUCGUCAAGUGCCUGGGCCACCCCGAGGAGUUCUACAACCUGCUGCGCUUCAAGAUGGGCGGCCUGCAGCGCGUGAUGCCGAGGAUGAGCCAGGACGCGCUCAGCCCCAGCCUGAGGACCUGCUACAAGUACCUGAACCAGACCAGCCGCAGCUUCGCCGCCGUGAUCGAGGCGCUGGACGGGGAGAUGCGCCACGCCGUGUGCAUCUUCUACCUGGUGCUGCGCGCGCUGGACACGGUGGAGGACGACAUGAGCAUCAGCCUGGAGAGGAAGGUGCCGCUGCUGCACAACUUCCACACGUACCUGUACGAGCCCGAGUGGCGCUUCAUGGAGAGCAAGGAGAAGGACCGGCACGUGCUGGAGGACUUCCCGACGAUCUCCCUCGAGUUUAGGAAUCUGGCUGAGAAAUAUCAAACCGUGAUCGCUGACAUUUGCAAGAAAAUGGGAUUUGGGAUGGCAGAGUUCCUGGAUAAGCACGUAACAUCUGAACAGGAGUGGGACAAGUACUGCCACUAUGUUGCCGGGCUGGUGGGCAUCGGCCUCUCCCGCCUCUUCUCAGCCUCGGAGUUCGAAGACCCGCUAGUCGGUGAAGACACAGUGCGCGCCAACUCCAUGGGCCUGUUCCUGCAGAAAACAAACAUCAUCCGUGACUACCUGGAAGACCAGCGAGAAGGCAGAGAGUUCUGGCCUCAAGAGGUCUGGGGCAAGUAUGUUAAGAAGUUGGGCGACUUUGCUAAGCCGGAGAACAUCGAUGUGGCCGUGCAGUGCCUGAACGAGCUCAUCACCAACGCGCUGCAGCACCUCCCGGACGUCAUCACCUACCUGUCGAGACUGAGAAACCAGAGCGUGUUCAACUUCUGUGCCAUUCCCCAGGUUAUGGCCAUCGCUACUCUGGCCGCCUGUUACAACAACCAGCAGGUGUUCAGAGGGGUGGUGAAGAUCCGCAAAGGGCAGGCGGUGACCCUCAUGCUGGACGCCACCAACAUGCCGGCUGUGAAGGCCAUCCUGCACCAGUACAUGCAGGAGAUUUACCAGAAGAUCCCCGCCGAAGACCCGUCCUCCGGCAGAACCACACAGAUCAUCUCCGCCGUGCGGACGCACAACCUGCCCAGCUGCCAGCUGGUCUCCCGCAGCCACUACACCCCUAUCUACCUGUCGUUCGUCAUGCUCUUGGCUGCGCUCAGCUGGCAGUGCCUGAGCACCCUGACGCAGGUCACAGAAGACUUCGUGCAGACCGGAGAGCACUGACCGGGGGCGUGGACGCUGGCCACUGGGGGCGGAUGGCCUUCCAGGGUGGACGUCACCACCCACUCUGGUUUUAACCCCUGAAAGACUGUGCACUUGGACUGUGGCAGCAGCACUGCGGCUGGAAGAUGGGCUGGGAGGACAGUGUCCUCUGUCAGGCCUGUGGCCGCAGGCUCCCUGGGAGAGGCUGGCUGGAGCUGUGCUAACAUGUACUUACCUGGAGCGACCUUUGAGUCCCUGUGGUGGGAACAUGUGAAGUAAAUUCUCUUCUGUGGGCUUCUGUUUCUCUCUGGGUUU